AUGACAGACUCGUGCUGCUGCUCCCCUUGCUGCCGGCCUACGUGCUGCAGGACCACCUGCUGCAGGACCACCUGCUGCCAGCCCAGCUGCGGCGGGUGCGGCGGGGGCUGUGGAAAAGACGGCAGCGGGUCCAGCUGCUGUGGGUCCGGCUGCUGCCAGCCUUGCUACUGCCCGCCAACUUGCGGUCAGAUCACCUGCUGUCGGACCACCUGCUGCCAGCCCAGCUGCUGUACCACCUGCUGCCGGCCCAGCUGCUGUGUCUCCAGCUGCUGUCAACCCAGCUGCUGUGGGUCCAGUGGCUGUGGACAAACUUGCUGUGGGUCCAGCUGCUGUCCGCCAGCCUGCUGUAGCCCCGUGUACUGCAGGAGAACCUGCUACUUCCCCACCUGCUGCUGCUUGCCUGGA